UCUCUCACCUCCUCGGAAGUUGAAACAAUACAAACACAAUCAUCUCUCCUCUCUUUGGUCUUUCUUUUGCUUACGGGUUUUAAAAAAUCUAAUCGAAAGCUUCUAUUUUUUCUUAAUCUGAGUUUCUUGAUUUGGAUCUGAUCGAAAUUCUCUCAUCGGUUUCACUACAAAAUCUAUUGAAUCAUGGAUUGUUAUUCGGGAAGGAACUUUGAAGAGCUUGUUGUGCCUAAUUAUCAAGAAUCAUCAUCAGAGACAUACCCAUCUAGUGGUAUGUGGGGUGGAUGGAGCAUGAACUCCCCUGAAGCUGCAGAGAAAUGUUUUGAUUACGAUGGUUUUACUGGAGAUGGAUUGCUGUACAGUCAGAUGGGUAUGAGGACGAGUGAAGAAGAAGAAGAGACCAAGAGGUCAAAGGCUUUCUACGGUGCUUCUUCACUUGACGAUUUCGAAGGAAUCCAACAGAUGGAUGAUAUAUUCCUAAGUUCCAUUUUAGAGGAUGUUCCAGGGAAUGAUGGAGAUGUACAUCGUGCUUCCAGCAGCAAUAACAGUGUCGGUUCUUCCUCUAUGUAUGGUAGCAGGGAGGUUCCCAUGUUCAAUUGUCAUGCCAUGCCUUUAAAUGGUGAGGCUCCAUUUACAAUAUCGGAUAUGUCUGAAGAGAAUAUGGUAGAUUCACACUAUGGGGAUGAACUGUCUUCUGAAGAACUCGUGUUGCAGGACUUACAGAGAGCUUCACAAAAGUUAACUGACGAGACACGAAAGUGCUUCCGGGAUACGUUUUACCGGCUUGCAAGAAACUCACACGAUAAGUUGGAAUCAGUCAGCACCGACUCAGAAGAGUUCCAUCUGCUAGCAUCCAGAUAUGAUUAUGGUGAUAAUACCACCAGGUUGAGUAGAGAGGAAGAGAUCGAAUCAGAAACAAACUCAAUCGAUAGAGCCAUCGCAAACCUCACAUUCAACAAGAUGGAAUCCAACAUAAGCAACUUUCCUCUGUCAGAGAGAGUACAGUAACUUCUGCUGGAUGCAUUCUCGCCUCUUUUGCAUUCUCGCCUCUUUAUCUACCUCCCAAGUUUUUUUUUUUUCUGGUUACCGUAUGUAUAUAUGUGUGUGUAUAUAUAGAUGAGGUAAAUGUUGCAAACUUCAGUUUUGAUCUC